UGAGGCAUGAAAUCUCAGUCUCUCAAAACCUGAUUGCCUUUUGUCAUUCUUUGGCACAAAACUCCCAACUUCACUCCCAAAGUUAGGAUGGUACAACCAAAGAGAGGGCCCUUAUCCUGAACUUGUAAAGAGCCUGAAAUUUUCAAUCCAUUUGGCUCCAAAAGAACGAUGAGUUCUGUGGUCAAAGUGAUUCUUGGCUCAAUAGCCUUUGCAAUCUUCUGGGUCUUGGCUGUUUUUCCAGUUGUUCCAUUUCUUCCCAUUGGACGAACUGCGGGUUCGCUUCUUGGAGCGCUGUUAAUGGUGGUCUUUGGAAUUCUAGACCCGGUCGAUGCUUAUGAUGCGAUAGACCUACAAGUACUUGCUCUUCUCUUCGGGACAAUGGUGGUGAGUGUGUACCUUGAAAGAGCAGACAUGUUCCAAUACUUGGGGAUGUUUCUCUCAUGGAAGAGCAUGGGCGCAAAGGACCUGAUGUGCCGAAUCUGCGUGGUUUCUGCUGUUUCGAGCGCGCUCUUCACAAACGACACUUCGUGCGUGGUCUUGACCGAGUUCGUGCUCAAGAUUGCCAGGCAAGAGAACAUCCCGCCCCACCCGCUUUUGCUAGCGCUCGCUUCGAGCGCGAAUAUCGGGUCGUCGGCGACUCCAAUAGGGAACCCUCAAAACUUGGUGAUUGCCGUCGAGAGUGCGCUGUUCAGUUUUGGGAGCUUCAUGACAGGGAUGCUUCCGGCAGUGCUGGUAGGGCUCGUGUUGAAUGCACUCGUCCUCUUGGUCAUGUAUUGGAAAGUGUUGUCCAUUCGAAAGGAGGACGAGGGAGAUGUGAACACGCAGAUGCUUCUGCCCGCCACCAUGUUCCAUGUACCCUCGAACCUGAACGAGAACCGAAAUGCGGGACAUGCAGACACACCAGGUCUCGAGAGCGGAGUGUCCUUGGAAGAACGCGAAACGACACAUCUGGUCGUCCAUGAGAUGUCGGAGUACGACGUUGUAGAAAACACGUCAGGGAAAUGGAGGAGGAUAUUGUGGAAGACUUGUGUAUAUUUGGUCGUGGUAGGAAUGUUAGUUUCUCUAUUGAUGGGUCUCAAUAUGUCAUGGACGGCGACCGGCGCAGCUCUUGCCCUAAUCGCUCUCGGUUUCGAGGACGCUCAACCAUCCCUAGCGAAGGUUUCAUAUUCCCUCUUGGUAUUCUUUUCCGGGAUGUUCAUCACCGUCGAAGGAUUCGAAGGAACCGGAAUCCCAUCUUCGCUUUGGGCUUUUGCGGAGGGAUAUGUGCAGGUCACGAGUGCGAAAGGCGUCGCUGUUCUCGCCCUCGUCAUCCUUGUCCUCUCCAAUUCUGUCUCCAAUGUCCCAACAGUUUUACUGCUAGGGGCAAGAUUCGCGGAUUCGAAAGCUUUCAGGACGCGAGACGACCUCAAGAAGGCAUGGCUGAUUCUGGCUUGGGUCAGUACUGUGUCCGGAAACCUCUCACUCCUGGGGUCAGCCGCCAACUUGAUCGUGUGCGAGCAGGCCCGCCGCUCGCCUCAUCUUGCUUACAACUUAAGCUUUUGGAGGCACCUCAAGUUCGGAGUCCCUUCCACGAUUUUAGUGACCGUCGCCGGUUUAACACUUAUUAGUUAAAUGACAGUGAGUAUGAUCACACAAUUCUCAGAGGCUGCAAAUUUUGCUGAUGAUAGAACUGCAUAUGACGAGAGUGUUGUAGUGACUUGGACUAAUGGAGCACUCGCGCGGAGGGAAAGGGCAAAGCUUUAACUUAGUUUUUGUGAUCAGCUGCUUUAUGGAGCUUUAGGGAGCUUCAG